AACCAAUAACAUUUCCGCCAAAAUAAUCGACAUUAGAUGAUGAAGCUUUUUAGAACCAGCUACCAAUUCCUCUACACUUCUCUCGAAAUCCAUUUCCGGAAAUCUGAUUUCCAUUUAAUUCCCAUUUCGUACACCCACAGCUCGGCCAAAAUCCGAAAUCCGAAUUCAAAGUUUGAUGUUGUUCUUAAUGAGGUUGCUGAGCUCAAUUUUUCAAAACCCAGUUCACACGGUGGCCAAUCACCGCCGGGAGUCGACGUUCCGUUUGGUCAUGAGAGACCCACGACGCGGAAUGAAUCAACAGUGCAGAUUUCUCAUCCGUGGCAAGAAUGGGUGGAUUUGAUGGAAUGCUUAUUGAGGGGAGGCUAUUUCGAUGCAGAUGGAAACCCUUUUGAAAAUAUCGAAUUGGGUUCGAAAGAAGCCAAUAGUAUCCGCACCGCUUGCCUUAAUUUCGCUAGAGAUCGCUUUAGUCUUAUAAGGUACUUCUCAAGGAAAGAUAUUCAGGUCAUUGUAGGAUGCGGAUGCCCGAGCCUUGAUAGGAAAGUUGUCAAUUCUGGGAAGCGCUUAAGAGCUCAUGUAGGCAUUGAUGAAGGGAAUGUAUGCAGCUCCUGCAAUUUGAGAGGAAACUGUGAUAGGGCGUAUGUAAAGGCACGUGAAGAUGAAGGUGGGAGGACCGUGGAUGUGAUGCGCAUUUUGUUGACCUACGGUCUCGACUCUGUUACCUGUUCUGUCGAGAACAAACCAUGUCAAAACAAAUUAGUUAAAGCAUCGGUGAGGCGACUGCUGAAAGAAGUGGUUGAUUAUGGCAGCAAGGAUCAACGAGCUGACAUGCCAAAUGCUGCACCCUCAAGAGCGGAUGCUUCACGAGAAGAUCAUUUAAGUACAGAAGGACAAAUAAAAGUUCCAAUGAAGCCAGGCGAUUGGCUUUGUCCCAAAUGCGACUUCCUAAAUUUUGCAAGAAACAUCAAGUGUUUGCGCUGUGACGGUUUAUUUGAAGAAAGACUGAGGCAACUACGGGAAGAUCAGGAUCAUCUGCCAUUAAAGAAGGGAGAUUGGAUAUGUAACAGAUGCAACUUCCUGAAUUUUGCAAAGAAUACAAGAUGUCUGCAAUGCAAAGAGAAACCUCCAAAGCGGCAUCUCAAUCCCGGGGAAUGGGAAUGUGAAUCGUGCAACUAUAUUAACUUCAGACGAAAUAUGAUAUGCUUGAAAUGUGACCACAAACGGCCAAAAGUGUCGAAUGCUUCAAUUACAUCCACUGGUGGACUUCAAGGCAGCAUCAGUAAAUUCGAAGGGCAAGACAGAAAGCGAUAUGAAAGUUCAGAUAGAUGGAGGUUUGUACAUGAAGAGAAUGAAGAUGAAGAAUGCUUAGAUUCAGGGACUGAGAAUUUGAAGUUCUUUGAUUUUCCCAUUACUAGAAGUAAGCCUACUGUGCCACUUGAAACAGACGGGAAAUGCAAGUCAACGUUGGAGAUGUCGGAGAAGAACAAAAAUCCCACAAGGAUAAUGCAAAAUGAUGAAUCUAAAUGCAGCGACAGUCUGAGAAAGUCGGAAUUGCUCAAAUCUUCAGACGAUGAAGAGAUGGAUGGGUGGUUUCGGCGUCGAAUGGGUACGGAAGGAUCAAGUGUUGUUGUGCCCAGGAAUUUCAGAUUGCUAGAAGAGCUUGAGAGGGGUGAAAAGGGAAUUGGGGAUGGAACUGUUAGCUAUGGGAUGGAUGAUGCUGAUGAUAUAUACAUGCAGUCAUGGACUGGGACUAUUAUUGGCCCCCUUAAUACUGUUCACAAAGGACGUAUAUACCAACUGAAGCUGUUCUGUGGCAAGGAUUAUCCAGAUAAUCCACCAAGUGUGAGGUUUCAAACAAGGAUAAAUAUGACCUGCGUAAAUCAGGAAACCGGAGUGGUUGAACCUAGCCUUUUCCCCAUGCUUGCUAAUUGGCAAAGGGAGUAUACAAUGGAAGACAAAUUGACUCAGCUGAAGAAAGAAAUGAUGUCUCCACAGAGCAGGAGGCUAGCUCAGCCACCUGAAGGCAAUGACGAGGCAAGGCUUGACCAAAAGGGUUUAACGUCCAAGUGUUGCAUCGUUUGAAAUCACUGGAGUUGCAUGUGAACAUUAUGUAUAUAAGAAAAUAUAUAUACAUUAGGUAAUUCCAGCAACAGGCUUAGUUCCAAAAUGCCAAUGGUGGUGAAAUAAAUCAAGACUUCUUCAUGA